AUGGACAAACAAGAUAUUUUAAGAUCAGUGGCUAGCGAAAACCAACAACACCUAUCACAACAUCCUGUAAAGGCAUCUACUUGGAAAAAACCAAGCUCCAGGAGACACAAAGCAUGUAGGCAAAUAUUAAGUGACGAAUGGAAAAGAAUUAAUAAUACUAACAACGAUGCUGGCUCAGAAUCUACUAAACAUGAGCUUACAUAUUUUAAUUUAGAAGCCCCACCUAGCAUAUAUCCUAAUAAGAAAUACUGCGAUAUAACUGGAUUAAAGGGUCAUUAUAAGAGCCCAGGUACAAACUUAAGGUUUUAUAAUAGUGAAGUAUAUGCCGCAGUUAUAAAACCAAUGAUUCCUGGCGUUGAUCAACAAUAUUUAAAAUUAAGAGGUGCAGAUGUUGUAUUAAAAUAA